CAUCUAUCCAGCCAUUGUAUUAAAAAACUUAGCAAAGGUCGCACACGUGUCAAAAGUUACUAAAUAAUUAUAAUAAUUUACUUUACAGAGUGCUAAAUGGGUGUUACUUGUGAAACUAUUAUAAAUACGCCACCAGAUGGCGCUUUCACACCUGGAAGUGCAGUGAGCGGAGUAGUCCGAUACUCGAUUAUAGAUGUACCAGUGAAGAGAAUAGUCAUAUCACUCAGAGGAGCUGGCAUUCUUAAUGUAACUAAGGGAAGAUACAUAGGAAGUUACACAAACAGUGAAGAUUACGUCAACACCGCGACAUUCGUUAAUCUGAACGAAAAUGAUAAAUCUAGUGGACACGUGAACACAGCUCAAUUCCAAUUCCAACUACCAGACAACAUACCGUCGUCAAUGAUAAUUAAAGGACAACUCGAAAUUAUUUGUAAUAUGCUAUACAACCUCCGUGUAGAGUUUGUCGUAUCAGGAAGGUUUUCGUGGAACAAAGUCUUCGAAAAAGACAUUAAAGUGGUCUCAACAGCGAUCAGACCGGCACUCUCCAUGACACCGCUAACACGGAUCGAAACGAAGAAGCUGUUCACGGUAUUGAGCAAAAAGAACAACGUUAAAAUCAAAGCAACAAUUCAAAGCUGUGUGCUUAGGCCCGGCGGCAGAUUAGAGCUGGCCUACGAAGUUGAAAAUGAAACUAAUAUUGAUAUCAUAUCAGUUGAAACUCGACUGGUCGAGGUCUACAAAUACUAUGAUUCGAACGUAAGUCACGCUAUUGCAAAAGUGAAUAAGGCUGUUCCUAAUAUGCAGUCAAAAAGUGCUGUGGUCAAAUCGGGAGAGUCUUUAAAAACAAGAUGGGAAGUCGAUCUGCCACCAAACAUUUAUUCCAUCGAAAAUUCCAAAAUGGUGAUCAGAAGUUAUGCCUGUGUUCUCACGACUGUGUUGCCAGUACCGCACAAAAACUACCACGUUGUUAUUCCUUUACAAAUUGGUACUUGGGAUGAUGGUGGCCAAAGUCAAUCUACAACUGCUGGACCGUCAAAUGAAGAACCGCCACCAAGUUAUUGGCUAUCUACAGAUAAUUUGAAUUUUGAAUAGAUAUAUCAAAUAUUUUUGCGAUAAUUGUGAGGAAAUAAAUACGUGCGAGGCAAUAUUAACACGUUGAAAUUAAGAUCGACAAAAUAAAAAUAUUCUGUGUAAUAAAAAAACCGUCUUCUAUGUUAAAUUAAGAUGAAAAAUUUACAGUUAGUGUUAUAAACUAUGUUAGGGUAUGAACUGUACUACCCACAUAUUUAUUACUUGCUGAGAAUUAUUGAAAAAUUUGUUAAGUAGGUACCUGAACAGUUUUUAAAGUGUCUUCAAAUAUUGAACUCUUGCCCUUUUUCAGUGUAAAUCACUUGAUUGUUUAGAUCUUAUUAUGUACAAAAUCGUUUGAUAAGAUAUUUUAGUUAAUUUAAUAGUUUUUUAUUGCUUUUUUAUA